UUGUAUUUGUACAAAUCAUAGUAAACAACAAAAACCAUGAACUUUAACAAAUAUUUUGCAAUUUUCGUCAUUGUAGUCUUGUGCCUUUUAGGCCAACAGGCUGCCAAGGCUCAUAGCAUUUUUGGAAAUUUGAAAAAGGAUGUAGAAAGUGGUGCUCAUAAAGUGGGUGCUAAAUUGGAUAAUGUUGGCGAUAAAGUGGUAAGUGAUGUCCAUGAAACUGGUGGUAAAUUGGUCAAUAUUGGCGAUAAAAUGGAAAGUGAUGUUCAUGAUACUGGUGCCAAGUUGGUUAAUACUGGUGAAAAAGUGGCAAACGAAACUCAAGAAGUGGGAUCUGAAUUGAAAAAUGAUGGCAAACAAGUGGUUAAGACGGCCAAGAAAGCUUAUAAGGUCUACAAAAUCGCUAAAACUGUUCAAACAGCUGGAAAGGUUAUAGGAGCAGUCGGCACUGUUGUUGGUGUAAUUCAAAAUGCCUAAUUGUUAUAGUCUUUGAAUACGAAGUAUUUUUUAAAUAUUGUUUUAAAUAAAGAAAUAUAUUGAUUAUUGCAAAUUAUAAAAA